UCCGGGAAGGGCCGCCGGGGGAAGAAGAUGGCGGCGCAGGGAAGAGCCCGGGCGGGCGGCGGCGGUGGAGAGGAGGAGCGGGUGUCUGGGGGCUCGGAGUCGGAGCUGUUGCUGCUGCACCCGGAGCUGCUCUCGGAGGAAUUCCUGCGGCUCACCCUGGAGCAGAAAAAUAUAUUAGGUGAAAAUGAUGUGAAGAUGGACAAAGAUGGGCUCACUGAUCUCUACAUUCAACAUGCCAUUCCCCUGCCUCAGCGUGACUUGCCAAAAAGUAGAUGGGGGAGAAUGAUGGAGAAGAAGAGACAGCAAAAUGACUUGAAAAGUGAGAAGAAAAGUGUUACAACAGUGGAAGGUUUAAGGAAAAGGCCAUUGAUUGUAUUUGAUGGCAAUUCGACAAGUACAAGCAUAAAGGUGAAAAAGACGGAGAACGGAGCUGCCGAUCGCCUGAAGCCUCCUCCAGCUGGAAGCACCACCAACACAGUCAGGAGAUUAUCAAAUGCCUCCUCAUACCUUUCAGCCUCCAGUUUGUCAGAGGACGCUAAGCUGGGAAUAAGGAAUAAUGAGGCUCAGCAGAACAAUAUUUCAAAGACUGACAGCAGUGUGUUGACUGGUCUGAAGGUUUACCCUUUGUCUCCAAUAGCAGGAACUACUGUUGUGAAGUUAAAGAGGUCUGUUCCAAAAGAGGAAUCUGAUUUGCCGAAUGACCUAAAGCCUUCGGAAGCAAAGAAGAAAAUCCAGCAUGUUACAUGGCCAUGAAGUAGCUAAUGGUGCUCAAAACAUAAAUAUUUCUUCCGUAUUUUCAAAUAGAUAGGUCAUAUUUAAACAGUUUAAAUAAAAGUAUUUUAAAAUUUA